UGCGCUGGCUCAUUCCUCACUACGCGUGUCUCCCGGAGAGUACAGCAGGGACCCACUCAAGCCUUCACACAGUUGACCUGACUCUGGAAGGACUGACUGACCAGGAUGGCGAGCUCGUUCACUCGAAUUCUGUCUGGUCGCAACACAGCGAUGGUGCUGGCCAGUGUUGGCGCUGGGACGCUGGCAUCUGGCUACCUGCUGAGUGACUCUGUCAAAGAGGGCGUGGCCGCUGCUGAAAGGAAGAAGCUCUACCCUCCCAGUGCCGACUACCCUGAUCUGCGCAAACAUAACAACUGCAUGGCGUCGGCGCUGACCCCGGCCAUCUACGCCCACCUGAGGGACAAGGCCACACCCAACGACUGGACCCUUGACCAGUGCAUCCAGACGGGCGUGGACAACCCUGGGCACCCCUUCAUCAAGACCGUGGGCAUGGUGGCUGGGGACGAGGAGAGCUAUGAGGUGUUUGCUGAGAUAUUUGACCCAGUCAUCAAGGACAGGCACAAUGGGUAUGACCCCAAAACCAUGAAGCACCCCACUGACCUGGACAGCUCAAAGAUCACCUCUGGGAUGUUUGAUGAGAACUACGUGCUGUCCUCCCGUGUGCGCACUGGCCGUAGCAUUCGGGGGCUGAGCCUGCCCCCUGCCUGCAGCCGCUCCGAGAGGCGGGAGGUGGAGCGCGUGGUGGUGCAGGCCCUGUCCGGCCUGAAGGAAGACCUCACCGGCCGCUACUACAGCCUGGGGGAGAUGACCGAGGAGGAGCAGCAGCGGCUCAUCGAUGACCACUUCCUCUUUGACAAGCCUGUCUCCCCCUUGCUGACAUGUGCAGGGAUGGCCCGCGAUUGGCCAGAUGGCAGGGGAAUCUGGCACAACAACGAGAAGACAUUCUUGAUAUGGAUCAACGAGGAGGACCACACCCGCGUCAUCUCUAUGGAGAAAGGGGGAAACAUGAAGAGGGUGUUUGAGAGGUUCUGCCGGGGGCUUUUAGAGGUGGAGCGGCUGAUUAAGGAGCGGGGCUGGGAGUUCAUGUGGAAUGAGCACCUGGGCUACAUCCUGACCUGCCCCUCCAAUCUGGGCACAGGUCUGAGGGCCGGCGUUCACGUGCGCCUGCCCAACCUCAGCAAGGACCCCCGCUUCCCCAAGAUCCUCAACAACCUACGCCUUCAGAAAAGGGGUACUGGGGGUGUGGACACUGCUGCCGUGGGCGACAUCUUUGACAUUUCCAACAAUGACCGUCUGGGCAAAUCCGAGGUGGAGCUGGUCCAGCUGGUGAUUGAUGGGGUCAACUACCUCAUUGAUUGUGAGAAGAAACUGGAAAUAGGCCAGGACAUCAAGAUUCCAGCCCCCAUCCCCCAGUUCAAAAAGUGAUCCCCCCACUUUCUCAUGAGGGUGAUGGGACCACCUGUUGCCGGGACACGGGCGGACACUCCUUCUGCUUGCUGUAAUACUGAAGGUCUUACACGUA